CCCCAGGGGCAGCAGAGCCAGGCCAGGAUGGAGAGGAGACGGGUCACCUCAGCGGCUCGCCGCUCCUAUGUCUCCUCCUUGGAAACGGUGGGGGGCGGCCGCCGCCUGGGUCCUGGCCCCCGCCUGUCCCUGGCUCGAAUGCCGCCUCCACUCCCGGCCCGGGUGGACUUCUCCCUGGCCGGGGCCCUCAACACUGGCUUCAAGGAGACCCGGGCCAGUGAGCGGGCAGAGAUGAUGGAACUCAACGACCGCUUCGCCAGCUACAUCGAGAAAGUGCGCUUCCUAGAGCAGCAGAACAAGGCGCUGGCUGCCGAGCUGAACCAGCUGCGGGCCAAGGAGCCCACCAAGCUGGCCGACGUCUACCAGGCCGAGCUGCGAGAGCUGCGGCUGCGGCUCGACCAACUCACCGCCAACGGCGCCCGGCUCGAGGUGGAGAGGGACAACCUGGCGCAGGACCUGGGCACCCUGAGGCAGAAGCUCCAGGAUGAAACCAACCUGAGGCUGGAGGCUGAGAACAACCUGGCCACCUAUCGACAGGAGGCGGAUGAAGCCACCCUGGCCCGGCUGGAUCUGGAGAGGAAGAUCGAGUCUUUGGAGGAGGAAAUCAGGUUCUUGAGGAAGAUCCAUGACGAGGAGGUGCGGGAACUCCAGGAGCAGCUGGCACAGCAGCAGGUCCACGUGGAAAUGGACGUGACCAAGCCCGACCUCACAGCGGCCCUGAGAGAGAUUCGCACGCAAUAUGAGGCUGUGGCAACCAGCAACAUGCAGGAGGCAGAGGAGUGGUACCGGUCCAAGUUUGCGGACCUAACAGACGCCGCGGCCCGCAACGCGGAGCUGCUCCGCCAGGCCAAGCACGAGGCCAACGACUACCGGCGCCAGCUGCAGGCCUUGACCUGCGACGUGGAGUCCCUGCGCGGCACGAACGAGUCCCUAGAGAGGCAGAUGCGGGAGCAGGAGGAGCGCCACGCGCGGGAGGCAGCGAGUUACCAGGAGGCGCUGACCCGGCUGGAGGAGGAGGGGCAGAGCCUCAAGGACGAGAUGGCCCGCCACCUGCAGGAGUACCAGGAGCUGCUCAACGUUAAGCUGGCCCUGGACAUCGAGAUCGCCACCUACAGGAAGCUGCUGGAGGGCGAGGAGAACCGCAUCACCAUUCCUGUGCAGACCUUCUCCAAUCUGCAGAUCCGAGGGGGCAAAAGCACCAAAGAAGGGGAAGGUCACAAGGUCACAAGACAUCUCAAAAGCCUCACAAUACAAGUUAUACCAAUACAGGCUCACCAGAUUGUAAAUGGAGCCCCGCCGGCUCUCGAAACCAGCCUGGACACCAAGUCCGUGUCAGAAGGCCACCUCAAAAGGAACAUCGUGGUGAAGACUGUGGAGAUGCGGGAUGGAGAGGUCAUUAAGGAGUCCAAGCAGGAGCACAAGGAUGUGGUGUGAGGCAGGACACACCGGGUAGUCCCUGCCCUGCACUCUGAGGGGCCUGCAGCAGGAGUCGGGGUAGUCACUCCUCCUGCUAGCUCAUUUUCCCAGACUCGCGUUCCCACCCCCCCCAGCUGCUCCUCUUCCCCCUCCAUCUAUGCCGGCUUGCUGCUCUAGGCGCCAUCAGCAUUAAGCCUGCCAGGUAGCACUCACCCCCACUCCCAGCAACUCUAACAGGACACUCAACCCAGGCGGCAGCCUGAAGGGGUCUGGCCAGCAGCUUGAGUUAGAACUGAGAGGGAGCAAAGAAGUUGGGGAGAGCAGGGAGACCUAAUAAAUCACCCUCCAUCUCCUGAAUCCCUGUUGUCAUGGCAACUGUUGCCAGAGCCGGAGGUGUCUGGGGGUAUCUGGGAACUGGGCCUUUGAGUUUCCUCAGGCUGCUGGAGGAAAACAGAGACUCUGAGGCAGGAAGGGGAGGUCCCCACAGGCAAGGAGGCCCUGGCCAGAGGCUUAUUCUUCUAGACUGACCCUGACCAGUCUGAGGGUGGGUGGGGCUAUCCUGCCACCAGAAUGCCUGGCCUGCCCAGAUCACAGAGGGGGCUCCUGAGUGAUGGUUCAAGUGUCUCAGCCCCACUGAGCUGCCAUGUGGGCAUGCAGUGGGCACACGGGAGCUUGGUUCUCAGCACUUGGGGGAACUACAGUGUAAGUGGAGAGGGAAGGGGUGCUGGGAGGGAGUAGAGGGGGCCCUGGCUCCUAGGCGUGGGUACAGAGAGGUCAAGCCCAGGAGGACUCCCCGCAUACAGGCUGGAGGGGGGCAGGUAGAGAAGGGGGGGGAGGCAGUUGGGAUAAUGUUUGACAUCAGAGUUGGAGGCUGUGGGCAAGCAAAUGCACUUGGCCUCUGGGUCGUGGGACUCAAGAAAGUGACUCAUCCUCUUGAAGAUGGUGAAACAGGAGAGAGAGAGACUGCUGCUUGUAGGGGCAGGGCCCACUUUAUCCCGGUUCUUUGUCCUUUUCCUUGUUGCAUAACCCCUGCCCACCCAGGUCUGUGAGCCCCUGCAGCUGCCACCACCUGACUCUAGCACAUACUACAGGAGAAGCCUUUGCUACACGGCUGACCCUCUGCUCCCCACAGUGACCACUGCCCUUCCCUAAGCCAAGGCCCCUCUAGUCCCCUGUUAGUUAAAUACGAAAUGUCCCCCCUGUGUUUUAGGUAGCAUCCUAUUUUAUAGCUUGAGAAACCAAGACCCAGGCAGAGUGAAGACACUGGUUUGUAUUCCUGCAGCCUGGAGGCAGGCCAGCUUGGGGCAGACACUUUGACCCAGAGCACCUGUUCUGCUGUCUGCGGGAAGACUGACGGGCCCGAGAUGACCGGUGCCCACAAGUGGGGCUAAGAGGGCCCACUCCAGGCUACCCCUGUCCCCUCUAAGGCCAGAAAGAGGGAGAAGUAGGAGCCCCUCCCUCUUUCCAAGACUGGGUGCCCUCCUGCACUCCCUCCUGCCACCCACUCUGCUAACCUCAGGGCACCCUGCUGCCUUUAGUCACUGACGUAAAUAAAGACAACUGCUGUGGCCUUCCCCA